AUGCCGCCAAAAAAGAAGUUCGGGCGCCCCAGCACCCAAGCCGUUGCGACGCCGCCAGCCGCCGCCGCGACGCCCGUUCGAGAUGACGAUGCGAUGGACAUAGACACGCCAGCCGCGCCCGGGACCCCAAGUGUGCGGCCCCCCGCCCAACGGCGCGACUCGUUUUCCGAUCCUUGGACCGAUGACCAAAUAGCCUCGCUCUUCAAGGGAGUCAUUCGGUGGAAACCAGCGGGUAGGUCUCUAUCGCAUUUCACACCCUCCUCAGAAAGGCCCACCCGAUUUACAGGUAUGCACAAGCACUUCCGAAUUCUUGCUAUUAGCGAGCAUUUGCGGAACCACGGUUUCGAUCCCGACAUGCUCCCCCACACGCGCGUCUCGGGAAUGUGGGCGAAGCUGCGAGAGUUCUACGAUCUCGACGCCGUCGAUGAGAGAGAGUACAAUAUGGAUCCGCUGGAGGAGGAAGGCCGGCCCCGCCGCUAUCUCGAUUUUAGUCUUCCGUGGGAGGAAUACGGUGACCUGAUGAUUGAAAAGCGGCACGCCCCUCCUAGCGCCGCGCCGAGCAGCCCGCCCCAGUGGGAUCCAACCCAGCCAGCAGGUGGCGCCGAGGGGAAGAAACGAAAACGUGCAGGGACAGAAACAGCCAUGAAGGCGCGGAGCAGCACC